CUUAAAAAAACAGCCUAACAACCUUUUUCAUUAUUUACUCCAUUCCCAUUUACAGAAAAUGGCUAUGGCUUUGCUACCUUCUUCUUCAUCCCACCAUUACCAUUCCCCGUUUCCCUUAAACUCAAUUACCUACCAAUCAUACAGAAACAAUUACAAUCUUCAUUCAACUAAAAAGCCAGUUGCAUCUCUUUCUCUCUCCUCCCCUAAACCCCUCAAAAACCCCCAAAUUUUAAACCCUAAAUUCUCAUUUCCCCUAAUUGUGCACAAUCUAUGUCAAUCCCGAAACCUUAAUCAGGCAUUAUCUGUAAUUCAAGAACAAUUGGCGAAUCCGAACUGUAAUUUAAUUCAAACAGCUGAGGCCGUUGGUUUAUUGAUUCAAUCAUGUGGGCAGCAGAGAAAUAUCGAAAUCGGACGAAAGGUUCAUGGAGUUACUUCUACCCAUUUUAGUAAUGAUCUUGUUCUUUACACUCGGCUUAUUACAAUGUAUUCUGUUUGUGGGUUUCCUUUGGAUUGUCGUUUUGCUUUUGAUGAAUUGAAGGUGAAGAACUUGUUUUUAUGGAAUGCAUUGAUCAGUGCUUACACUAAAAAUGAACUGUAUGAUGAUUCAUUAUUGAUGUUCUGUGAGUUAGUUUCAAGCACAGUGUUUAAACCUGAUAAUUUUACCUUCCCUUGUGUUAUUAAAUCUUGUGCUUUGGGUUUGAGGAUUAGUCUUGGGGAGGCAAUUCAUGGGUUGGCGGCGAAAUCGGGUUUGGUUUCGGAUGUGUUUGUGGGAAAUUCAUUGAUUAUGAUGUAUGGAAAAUAUGAGUUAAUUGAGCAUGCAGUGAAGGUGUUUGAUAAUUUGCCUGAAAGAAAUUUGGUUUCGUGGAAUUCGUUGAUUCAUGUUUAUUCAGAGAAUGGGUUAUAUAUGGAGGGUGUUGUUGUAUUUGUGAAGAUGCUUGAAGAUGAGUGUUGUUUGGUACCCGAUGUUGCUACAAUAGUGACAAUCUUACCGAGUUGUGCUGGGGAAGGGGAUGUAGAAAUGGGAAAGAUGAUUCAUGGUUUGGCUGUAAAACUAGGUCUCAUUUGUGAGGUAACUGUGAAUAACGCCCUUGUUGACAUGUAUGCCAAAUGUGAGCUCUCAAAUGCUGCUCAAACCCUCUUCGAAAAGAAGGAAAAUAAGAACACUGUGUCUUGGAACACCGUCAUCUGGAAUUUUUCUAGGGAUGGUGAUGCUUGCAAGACAUUUGAUCUUCUUAGGGAAAUGCAGAUGGAAGGAGAUGAAACUAAGGUCAACGAAGUCACUAUUUUGAAUUUGUUGCCAGCUUUCUCCCACAAGUCACAUCUAAUGAGCUUAAAGGAACUUCAUGGUUACUCAUUAAGACGUGAAUUUCUUGGUGAUGAGUUAGUGGCUAAUGCUUUCAUUGUAGCCUAUGCAAAAUGUGAGUCACUAAGUUCUGCCGAGUUUGUCUUUCAUGGAAUAAGCACCAAGACAUCGAACUCUUGGAAUGCAGUAAUUGAUGGUAAUGCACAAUAUGGAGAUCCGAGAAGAGCUCUAGACUUGUACCUUGAAAUGGGAUCUUCAGGCUUACAUCCAGACAGGUAUAGCUUAAGUAGUCUGCUUUUUGCCUGUUCCAAACUUGGGUUUUUGCCAUCUGGCAAACAAAUCCAUGGCUUUGUGCUCCGGAAUGGAAUAGAAACUGAUCCAUUUAUAUCAGUGUCACUACUUUCUUUGUACUUCCGCUGUGGAAAACCACAUUUUGCUAGGGUUUUAUUUGAUGGAACAGUGAAUAGAAACCGAGUUUCCUGGAACGCAAUGAUUUCUGGAUAUGCACAGAAUGGAUGUCCAGAACAAGCUAUAGAAAUAUUCCACCACAUGCUUGAGCGAGGAAUUCAGCCCAAUGAGAUUGCAAUAACAAGUCUCCUAAUGGCUUGUUCACAGCUGUCAUGCUUGAGGCUGGCGAGGGAAAUACACUGUUUCACCUUGAAGGCCAAUCUGACAAAAGACAUGUUUAUAAACUGUUCCAUCCUAGAUAUGUAUGCAAAAUGUGGGUGCAUAGAACUAUCUAGGAGAUUCUUUGACAACCAAACCAAGAAAAAUCUAGUAUCAUGGACUGCCAUGAUUUCAGGAUAUGCAGUCCAUGGAUAUGGAAAUGAGGCCCUGUUGCUAUUUGAACAGAUGUUAAAACUGGGAUUAGAGCCUGAUCAUUUUACAUUUAUUAGUUUACUUAUGGCAUGUAGCCAUUCCGGGCUUGUUAAAGAAGGUCUGGAAUAUUUUUAUGAAAUGGAUAGUAUAUAUGGGAUAAAGCCCAGGUUGGAGCAUUACACUUGUGUGGUGGACAUGCUAGCACGUGCUGGGAAACUGUAUGAUGCAAUGGAGUUUGUGAAAGACAUGCCCAUGGAAGCUGACGCUAAAAUUUGGACUUCUUUGGUUAGCUCUUGUAGGACUCAUGGUAAUAAGGAUUUAGGAAGAAUGGCAGCUGAGAAACUGCUACAACUAGAUCCAAACAGGGUAGAGAACUAUGUUAUAGUAUCAAAUGUACUAGCACAAUCAGGUAAGUGGGGUGAUGUUAGAAGUGUGAGGGAAAAGAUGAGGGAGAAAGGUCUUCAGAAAGAUGCUGGAUGUAGUUGGAUUGAAGUUGGAAGGAAGAUUUAUAAUUUUGUGGUUGGUGAUCACAUGCUUUCUAAAUCAGAAGAGAUUCGGGAAAUCUGGAGUGUAUUAGAGGAAAAGAUCAGUAAAUAUGGUUACAAUCCUGAUACUAGCUCAGUGCUUCAUGAUGUAGGACAAGAAGAGAAAUUACAAAUAUUGAGGGGACAUAGUGAGAAGCUCGCAGUAUCCUUUGGCUUGUUAAAAACUGCGGAAGGUAUGACAGUGAGAGUGUGCAAGAAUCUACGUAUAUGUAGUGACUGCCAUAACGCCAUUAAAUUGGUAUCUAAGGUUGUGAACAGGGAGAUAGUUGUGAGAGAUAACAAGCGGUUCCAUCAUUUUAAGAAUGGGUGUUGUUCGUGUGGAGAUUAUUGGUAAAAGAAAUAUAUGCACAACUGCAGCCGAAGACAAUUUCUCCCUGUUGUGACUUGUGAGUAGGGUUGUGAAUGAACACAGACUCAGCUAGAACUCAGGCUCGGCGAAAUUUCAUUUGUGUUCUUAGUUAAAAGAUCCGUUAAAAAGAUAAAGCUUGAGAUAUGUGUUGCCAAUCUUGACAAAGCUUCAUUUUUCGCAGAAGAAAUAUGACAGAAAGCUCAUGAAGCUCUUGGUCCAAAUUGAAUAUUACUCUCAAAUGGGAUGUUAUCAAGAAUAUCAACUGGAUACCUGAUGGAUAUAUUCAGAAGCCUAUGAUGCAGGCGGUUCAAAUGGAAAUAUUACUAUAAAAUGGGAUGUUGUGAAUUGGACCCCUGAUGGGUAUCUUGCUGUUGUCGAUAUGUUCAACCAUCAGAAGAACCGCAACAUUGAAGCACCAGGGUGGA